GCCUGGAGCACCCUCGCCGGCGGUGAGCUCAGCGCCUACCCGCGAACCACCCAACCCGGCGUGGCUCCCUGUUCCCUCCCCGCCAUGGCCCGCGCUGCCGGGCUUCUCGCCGCCCUGGCCGCACUUCUCGCCGCUGCCGUCGCUACAGGCGGAGACUCCCGGCCUGGAAAAAUCGCGGUGGUCGGGGCUGGGAUCGGAGGCUCUGCUGUGGCCCACUUCCUCCAGCAGCAUUUUGGGCCGCAAGUACAGAUCGAUGUGUACGAGCAGCAGGCUGUGGGCGGCCGCCUGGCUACCAUCUCUGUCAACAAGCAGCACUACGAGAGCGGAGCGGCCUCCUUCCACUCCCUGAGCCUGCACAUGCAGAACUUUGUCAAGCAGCUGGGACUGAGGCACCGGCGAGAGGUGGUGGGCCGGAGUGCCAUCUUCGGCGGAGAGCACUUAGUGCUAGAGGAGACCGACUGGUACCUGCUGAACCUCUUCCGACUCUGGUGGCACUACGGCAUCAGCUUCCUGAGGCUGCAAAUGUGGGUGGAGGAGGUCAUGGAGAAGUUCAUGAGGAUCUACAAGUACCAGGCCCAUGGCUAUGCCUUCUCAGGAGUGGAAGAGCUGCUGUCUUCACUGGGAGAGUCAGCCUUUGUCAACAUGACCCAGCGUUCAGUGGCUGAGUCCCUGCUCCAAGUGGGCGUCACACAGCGCUUCAUUGAUGAUGUCGUCUCUGCAGUCCUGCGGGCCAGCUACGGCCAAUCAGCAACCAUGCCCGCCUUUGCUGGAGCCAUGUCACUAGCUGGGGCCCAAGGCAGCCUGUGGUCUGUGGAAGGAGGCAACAAGCUGGUUUGCUCCGAGCUGCUGAGGCUCACCAAGGCCAAUGUGAUCCGUGCCAUGGUGACCUCUGUGACCCUGCACAAUACAGAAGGGAAAGCCCUGUAUCAGGUGAAGUACGAGGGCGAGGUGGGCAAAGGCUCCGACUUCUAUGACAUAGUGGUCAUUGCCACACCCCUGGCCUCAGACAACGGCAGCAGCUCCAUCACCUUUGAAGACUUUGACCCACCCAUCACUGUGGCCCAGGGCUCCUUCCAGCACACUGUCAUCUCCUUAGUCCAUGGCUACCUCAACUCUUCCUACUUCGGUUUCCCCGACCCAAAGCUUUUCCCCUUUGCCAGCAUCCUCACCACAGAUUUCCCCAAUUUUUUCUCUGCCCUGGACAACAUCUGUCCUGUCAAUAUCUCAGCCAACUUCCGGCGCAAGCAGCCCCAGGAAGCAGCCGUUUGGCGAGUCCAGUCCCCCAAGCACCUCUCAAAGACCGAACUGAAGACACUCUUCCGUUCCUAUUACUCGGUCCAGACAGCUGAGUGGCAGGCCCACCCCAUCUACGGCUCCCACACCACACUCCCACGUUUCGAGCUCCACGACCAGCUCUUCUACCUCAAUGCCCUGGAGUGGGCAGCCAGCUCUGUAGAGAUGAUGGCCGUGGCAGCCAAGAACGUGGCCUUGCUGGCUUUCAACCGCUGGUAUCAGGACCUGGACAAGAUUGAUCAAAAGGAUUUGAUGCACAAGGUGAAGACUGAACUGUGAGGGUAGCAGGGAGAGGCCAAACCGACUCCCUUCACUGUAGAUGGAUCACUCACCAUGACCAGGACUGGAGAAGCCACAUACACCCACCCAGCUGCGUGGAACGUCCUCCCCCUCCAAGGUGGGCCCAGGUGGCCCUCUCUCUGGCCCUUUUGUCUUAAGGAUCCUUACAGUGGUCACUUUUUUUUUUCCCAAGGGGAAGAGUAAGAGGAGGAAAGGAAACUUAAAUCAGUGUGUUUUAUUUAUUUUUUUUAAAGAAAUAAAAAAUCCAACUU